AUGUUCGCUGCCGCAGCGGGGCUGGCGGCGGUGAAGAACCUGGUGGGGGGUGAUUCCCCUGAGGACAAGGAAAACGCUAAAAAAGAGGAAGAGAAACGCAAAAGGGAAGAGGAACAGAGGGAGAAGGAUGAAGAAGAACGGCAAAAGCAGCAAGCUGAGCUAGAGGGGGAUGCUGGAAAUGAAGACGGCGACGAUCUCGAGCAAGGCAUUGCCCCAGGAGAUGACGAUGAUGUUGCUGGUGAUGAUAACAUCUGUAUAACGCGCGAAAGGUUCCAGCAAGCCUACGAGACUCAUAAGAGCAAGUACAGUGCUACUUUGGGGGAAACUGAGGCGGAGCAACGCUUCUGGUCGUAUCCUCGUCGAUGGGGCGUUCGAUUAUGGAAGAUUCAAGUCGUACCCUUGAAUAACGAUGAGCCCGUUGCUUUCCUCAACUUUGCUUGGGGUGGCACGAGGGAGGAGUUCAGAGUGGACACCACCAACACCGGCAGUCUGUUUGGAUGGCUAAGUGCCUCUAGUUCAGUUUGGUGCCUCGGCGAGGAGCCCCAGUACUUCCGCACAGCGGCCUUCCCGAUCCCGAAGAUGUUCGUGGACGGUGUUAAGAGCAAAGUGCAAGUGCCCAGCGAGUUUGCCUUUGAAUGGCGAGGCAGCUACCUCGAUCUCGAGCGGGAAAAUCUUAAAAUAGAGCUCUGGCAGUGGAGCAAAUACAAGGCGAACCGUAUUGAUGCUCAACACUCGAGGUCGCUGAUCGAGUAUGCUACAGGCCCAGUACUACAGAGUUGUAUACUGGGUACCUUCGAUACAGAUGAUUCGGUCGGGAUGGAGAGCGGCAGAUUCACCGAAAGAGCACUAAGAGCAAUACCGUAGUGUUGUGAAGCGCGGUAUGAUGGCAUAUGUCAAGAGUGCUGCAUUCCUUCCAUUGGUGAUUUUCGGAU